UCUGUCAAACCGCAGUGCGAAACGUGAAAGAUUUUCCGAGCUCGGAGCCGCUGUCGUGAAGAAAAAUUGAUAAUUUUCAAGUAAAAUGGUAAAAUGCCGUAUAUUUUUAGUGUUUCAUUAACAACAACCUGUUUCAGUGUUAAAACUUGUGUGACAAGACACUCCGGCUUCUAACCGAUCACCGAAACGAAUACGAAACUUUGAAAGUAACCAGCUUCCGUUGAUUAUAAAAGAAAAUGUACGAUUUGAAACCAAUCCUGAAACCGGUCCACGUCGAACUACCGACCUGCAUGUACGCUAUGAAACCAGUCAUCCAACACGGCGAUGGCGUAGCCACGGCGGCCCAAAGCAGCACGGUAUUUAUGGAUCAUUUAUCCGUAAAAAUUAAGAUGUUACUCCUCAAGGAAGAUCUUCCAGAAAUGCAAGCACUAGCGGCUAAGCAAGAAAAAAUCUUGAAACAAUUAACUGAAUUGCGUCAGCAGUUGGUCCUAAUGCGGACAGAUCUGAAAUUGUGCAGUAAACCACCCCAACCGAAUGCCCAGAAUCCAUCCUCGAAGACUAACUCCCAGAGUAAAUCACAAACCAAGAAAAUUGAACCUAUCAAUACUUCCUUCUUACAAGACUUCGUAGUUAAUGCAAGUCCCGAAAAUAUUCCCUACGGAUUACUGGCGCUGAAGAAGCUAUGGAUCGAUCGCUUAAAUUUGCAAGUGGAUUGCUUCACCCAUUCAACAGUACCCAAACUAAGCGAAGAGGCGCUGAAUUUCCAAACGCAAAUUACCGGCUUCGACCCGAAACUGGACAAUCUUCCACGUAUCAAGGUGACCCUCAUCUGGAAAAAUGUGGGUACCUAUACCGAAAUGAUCACUUCUCCAACGGCAUAUGUUCCGAUAUGUGGAGAGGUUAACAUCCUGCGCUUCCUGUCCCGCUGCGGGCCAAGUGAGUUCAACUACGAACGGAACGACGACGUCGUAGAGGUGGAUUCAAUUUUGGACACCUGCUACCAGCUGAUCAACAAGGAAAACAUCAAGGACAAGAAGCAGGUGCUGAAAAUUCUCAGCUCAAAGCUGGGCAAGACCCCAAGCUUCGGUGGGGAUGAGGUCUCUCUAUGCGACAUUGCAGCUACCAGCGCGAUCAAGCAAAUGCAAAAAGCUCUUGCUAAGGACAUCAAUCCCAGCAUGUCGAAGCUGAUCGGACGGGUGUCCGCCGUGGUUGGCUUUUAAACGCGGAAGGUGAGACAAACACUAUGAGAUGAGUUCUUUUUAAUUUAUAUUGAUCCGCUUUAAGAUAACAAUGCGUUGCGCAUGUUUCAUCCUCUGUAAAAGCAUUUGAAUAAACGCUACAUAUGAAACGUUA